UGUUGCAAUAAAUAUUUCCAUGAAAUUGUGUUUUGUUUCUGUAAACGGCCCCAGGGAAACUUACUUUGAGGACGCGCCUCGUAUUACCUUCCGCUCUGCUCCUGUCAGUACGGAUUGAGCUUUCAACGUUUCGAGCAGAAUUUCUGCUUCCAUCGUCAGAGAUUAGUUCCUUUAUCGCAGAACCAUCUUAAUCCAAUACUUGAUUGUAUUUAACAUCCUGUUGUAAUGGAUAUUGGUAAACAUCUAUUUGAAAUUUCUCACUGCUCCUUGCUGUACCUCAUUUUCACAAACGUGACUCUGACGACCGAGUUAUGGCAGCGUAAACAUUGUGACGGAGAGGAGAAUUUUCUGCGUCAAGGUUACAGUAGUUACAAAUUUCUUUGUUUCCUCGAGUGUGUUGAAUGUCUAGUAGACGUCAUCCUUGAUUUACUGUGCCAACAGAUCGGAUGUGAUCGUGCCUGCGUCUGGCCUAUGGGGUAGAAAGCAUAUCAAUAACACGUGGGAUGGCGUAAUUGGGAUGGUCAACAGGGGUGAAGCUGAGGUCGGGGUGUGUGACAUCGCCAUGAAUGCUGAGCGCGUGGGAGUCGUCUCAUAUACAAUGCAAAUUGCAACUUUCCAUUACAAAGUGUUCAUCAGAAAGGGCGACGAGGACGUCUCGUGGGUAAGCUUCCUGCAAGCCUUCAGUGCCGGACUGUGGCUCGCCAUCGUGGCCUCCGUAUUCGUCAUGGCCCUCGCACUCAAAAUUUGCUUUCACGUCGGACUCCUACAGGGGAAGGAACAUUCAAGACACAACAAGUUUCACGACUGGUUGUUCGCUACACUUGGAGCAUUGAUCUGUUUACAAGGUAAACGUAAAUUAUUUUUUACAUUUGUUUAAAACUUUGCAUUGUGGGAGAGGCUUUUAUAUUUCUUUAUCAACAUCUGUUUGUUCUUAAGUUGUAGAUUCUUUACGAAACAGUUAAAAGAAGGUAUUAGUACACUGAUAUCAAACUCCUCGUGGCAUCUUCACUCAGCUUCAAAAGCGCAUCAUAGUUGUAGUUCAGGAUCUCAUUGGUACCGCGUAUUACUCAAGUCUGAUAUCAUCUUUAAUCUCAUUGUGGUCUUAAUUUCACUUUCAAGCGACGCCAACUCAGUUCAGUUGCGUCUAAUUUCCAGCUUCAUCCAAAUUCGACAAAACACAAAACGAGUUCAUGUCUAGCCGAGUUCAGUCUCUGCUCAACUACUACGCGUUCCUUUCAAUCUGAUCAUUUUCUGGUUUUAUCUUCUAGGUCAGACCAGCGCGCCGCUGUCUGUUCAGUGUCGACUCGUGUAUAUCUUGCCCUAUGUCCUGGGUUCGGUGUUGAUGUGUGCAUACUCGGCCGCUGUCAUCUCGUUCCUUACAGUUCACAAGACGAAUCUACCAAUCAGUGGCGUCGAACAGUUACACAAAGACAAAACAUACGAAGUUGGGGCUGUACAGAAUUCUUCAACGUUUGUAUCAUUCCAGGAGUCCGGGGAAAAACUAUUCCAGGCGGUGUACAAGGAGCGUCUGCAGCCUAACCAGGCCAGAAUGCCCAAGAGGGUCCUCAGCGGUCUGCGUCGCGUGUGCCAGGACAAACGAUACGCGUUCAUGGCGCCCGUUGAGGAGACGGUGGAACACCUCCCGUACCUCAGCUGCGCGGUUAUUUAUCUGCCCGAGGGGCUCUUCGAGAUGAAGUACGGCAUCGUGUUCAACGAGCGGAGUCCCUACGUCGGAAUAUUCCGGUACACGUGCGUGUCACAGGCCACUUGGAGCGCCACGUGGAGGUCUGGACGCGGGCACCAUUUGCUUUUUACCUACCAACUACUCGUGUUACAUAACACAGAAUAAAGUAUUUUAGAUUUUAUAAAGUAUAAGCAGGACUGACUCUUGCUUCAUAAAUCAUGUAAGGAUCUGUAUCAACUGCAGAGGCUAUUGUGCGUCAAAUCAUAUGAUGGCAAUUUCCAGUGAAAUGGAAAAGUUCGGAGAAGAAAAUUUGGUCUGUUUUUUUCCUUUAGGAUUGCUGAUUCUUCACCCAUAGAUAAUCCAAACGGAUAUCUCGUCAGUAUAAACAGAUAAAUUGAUCAAAACUUGAGAUACUUCUUUUGGCAAGAUCAAGACUGUGGAUUUAAGGUUACUGUCCUUACACUUGACUGGUGAGCUAUAAUAGACUCACAUUAAAGCCCCAAACAAUGCACUCAGAGUAUGAUAUCUGCCUUAAGUGCGUACAUCUCCACAGUGUGGUUACCAGGGUUACUCACCAAUAUUUUUGUCACACUCAUCGAGUCAGACACUGUCCUUCAGACCAGACACCCGUGCCUGCGUUCAGAUGCCCAUAGCUCUCGCUCAGCCCCAAUUUUCGUCGUCUUUCUUCAUUGAUACAUAGAAAUAUUCCAAAAUAAGUACAAAAAUAGCCACUUUCCCACUUAAAACUAAUAUCCGGCGUAGCUCAGUCAGUGUACUGGACGACCUGGGUUCGAUCCCCGACGGAGGCAG